AUGGAAGACGACCAUGGAGUCUUAGAUCUAGUCAAAGAACUAGUCCACCGAUUACUCUCCACUCACCCAGAUUCCCAAUCCUCCUCAACCCCAACCCCAACCUCAAUCAAAGCUCUCAAGUACGCUAUUCGCAUUCUCUCCAGCCGAAUGACGCCCUCGAUCACGGCCGACGAGUCCUCCAUGGCCGAGUCCAUCAAGCGCCACCUCGCCACUCAAGGUAAACCCUCCGAUGCCCUAACUUUCGCCGAUCUUCAUUCCAAAUUCGCUUCCAAAACCGGCCCAGGAUGCAUUAAAAGCAAGUGGGCUGUGCUUUAUUUGCUCAAAGUCAUCUCCGAGGAUCGAACACAUCACUAUGGACUUCAUAUGUCCGGUGGACUUCCGGCAUUGGUUGUUAAUGAUAAUUCUAGGGUUUUGCAUAACCAGGGAAAGGUAGAAAAGGGUUGGAAUGGUGGGGUCUUGAUGGUUUCUAAAGACCCGGAAAAUAUUCGUGAUAUGGCAUAUAGGGAGUUUGCCAAUUUGUUGAGGGAAGAGAAUGAGGUGUCUGAAGAGGUUUUGGUUAGGGAUGUGUUAUAUGCUUGUCAAGGUAUUGAUGGUAAAUUUGUGAAAUUUGAUAAAAUUUUUGAUGGGUAUGUGUUACCGGAAACUGUUCAAGUACCAAGAGCUACUAGGAUUAUGGUUCGGAAGCUUUGUGAGCUUGGGUGGUUGUUUAGGAAGGUUAAAGGGUAUAUUUCAGAUAGUAUGGAUCGCUUUGGAGCUGAAGAUGUUGGGACUGUAGGGCAAGCCUUUUGUGCUGCACUUCAAGACGAGCUUUCUGAGUACUAUAAGUUGUUAGCUGUGCUUGAAUCACAGUCAAUGAAUCCCAUCCCUUUGGUUUCAGAAACUGCAAGCUCAGGGAACUAUCUUUCUCUGAGGAGACUGUCGGUUUGGUUUGCUGAACCAAUGGUGAAAAUGAGGCUCAUGGCUCUUCUUGUUGAUAGUUGUAAGGUGUUAAGGGGUGGGGCAAUGGCUGGGGUAAUUCAUAUGCAUGCCCAACACGGUGAUCCACUUGUGCAUGACUUCAUGAGGCGAUUGCUUCGUCGGGUUUGCUCUCCUCUUUUUGAGAUGGUGAGAAGUUGGGUUCUAGAAGGGGAGCUUGAAGAUGUUUUUGCUGAAUUUUUUGUGUUGGGUCAACCAGUGAAAGCCGAGUCUCUUUGGAGGGAAGGUUACAGUCUUCAUGCUGGAAUGCUUCCUUCUUUCAUAUCACAGUCUCUUGCUCAGCGCAUUUUGAGGACUGGGAAGUCCAUAAAUUUCCUUAGAGUUUGCUGUGAGGAUCGUGGUUGGGCUGAUGCUGCAACAGAAGCUGCUGCAGCCGCUGGUACCACAACUACAAGAGGGGGUCUUGGAUAUGGUGAAACUGAUGCACUCGAAUCUCUGGUCACUGAAGCAGCAAAGAGAAUAGACAAGCAUUUGAUGGAUGUUAUGUACAAGAGAUAUAAAUUCAAAGAACAUUGUCUUGCAAUUAAGCGAUAUUUACUACUUGGGCAAGGUGAUUUUGUUCAGUAUUUAAUGGAUAAUGUUGGGCCAGAAUUAUCAGAGCCUGCUAAUACUAUCAGCUCAUUCCAGCUUGCUGGGUUGUUGGAAAGUGCAAUUCGGUCAUCUAAUGCACAAUAUGAUGAUCCUGACAUAUUGGAUAGGUUAAGGGUCAAGAUGAUGCCACAUAAUACUGGAGAUAGGGGUUGGGAUGUUUUCUCUUUGGAAUAUGAUGCAAGAGUUCCACUAAAUACCGUGUUUACAGAGUCUGUUAUGUCAAGAUAUUUAAGAAUAUUCAAUUUUUUGUGGAAACUUAGGCGGGUGGAACAUGCACUUAUUGGGGCUUGGAAGACAAUGAAACCAAAUUCAAUUACUUCACAUUUUUUCAGUAAGCUGCAACAUGCAGUUAAGAUGCAGUUACUUUUGACAUCAAGGCGAUGCCAAGUUCUUUGGGAUGACAUGAACCAUUUUGUUACAAAUUUGCAGUAUUACAUCAUGUUUGAAGUCUUGGAGGUGUCAUGGUCUAAUUUUUCGAAUGAAAUGGAAGUUGCUAAAGAUCUUGAUGAUCUACUUGCGGCCCAUGAGAAGUAUCUACACUCAAUUGUUGAGAAGUCUCUUCUUGGAGAGCGAUCUCAAACCCUUUAUAAGUCCCUCUUUCUUUUGUUUGACCUUAUCUUGCGAUUUCGAAGCCAUGCAGAUCGGUUAUAUGAAGGAAUUCAUGAGUUGCAAGCAAAAACUGUGGAACCCUCUCGAGACAAGAGCAGAACACGGUUGCAUUCAAAUGACAAAACAUCGAAGCCUGGCUCAUGGAUUAGUGAAGGCCGUAAGGCCCUAAUGCAUCGUGCUAUUGAAUUUCUUCAAAAUAUGGAACAAGACCUAGAUGCAAUUAGCAAGGAGUAUUCAUCAUUGCUCGAGGGGUUCAUUUCUCAGUUGCCUAUGCAGCAACAUAUUGAUUUGAAGUUUCUGCUUUUCCGGCUUGACUUCACUGAAUUUUAUAGCCGGAUGCACCCUAACACGUAAAGAAAGCUGUCAGUACAGUGUUUUAGUUCAGGGAAAUGUUUUAACAGUCCAAACUGUUACAGAUUGUCAUUUGUUUCACCAAUUGCUAAUGGGUAGAUGGCCAAAAUCAUGCAGUGGCCAGCUGACUUCAGGACCUAGCACUUGCAGUUACUAUGCUGUUUUUAGAUGGUGUUUGUUCUGGAUGGUGUGUGGAAGAUUUCAAGGAGUUGGAGUUAUACUGCUGUGACUAGAUCAGUGUGUCUAGAUCAGUGUGUCAAUAAGCUGUGCACGUGCAUUGUAUUGUUUUUGAUGGUCCAAUGACAUAUGAUGUGUUCUUCCGGCUUUUGCAAGCUGUUCAUGUUGAGUUUGUGUAUUUCUGUACCAUAGUUCUGUAUUGGUUUAAUGGUAAGCUAUGUGUGCUGAUUGUUUUUUUUUUUUUUUUUUUUUUUUU